AUGGGGCAUUUUUCUGGGUACUUCCUGGAAGAGCGAAAGAGACUGAAGCCUAACCUGGAAACGCUGAAGGGGCACUUUGACAAGCGGGCGAUGAAAUGUUUGAGGUUGGCGAAGGAGCAUUGGGAUGAUGAGCAUUGGGGCAAGGAGAGUGGUGAGGCCCGCAUGUCGGAGAGGGCGCCUGUGAACUAG